GUGGUGCGGCGGUGGUGGUGGUUGGGCUACGCGAUCUCAAGGUCCCCACGCUGACCAUCUUCCACACUCUUAUUUACCUGCUCUCAGGUGUUCUCUUCGCUUCUCUUCACUCUUCGAGCGUGUUGCGCCGUGGCGUGGUUGGUGUACGCCGUACGACCAACAUCAUGCGACCGUUCUAGGCGUCUUGCGACUGCGACUGCGACUGUGCCGUUAUUGUGCCACCGGUUUCUUCCUCGAAAAUCACCAACCACUAACUUGGAUGUUCGCGUGUUCGCAUUUCGGCAACGCAAUAAUGGUUUUUUGAAUGUUGCACGGUGCGCCGGUACAGUAUAGUGUGUAUGCUGAAAUGGACAAUGAAACGUGGGAAACGUUCCCACUCGUGCAAUUUCUAUUGUGAUUUGAUUAUCUGCUGUGUUGUUGUUGUUGUUGUUGUUGCUCUACUUCGCGGAGACAUCAAUGAAAGGUCGCUUUUGCUUGUGGAAAGUAGGUGUUAGUGUGUCGUUGAGUAUCUGUAUGUAUUGCACUGCGACUUGUCUUGUGUGUUUUGUUGUCUCUCAGAGUUGAUGUUCGACAAGUGUACUUCAAAGACUUCGGCUCAACUUUUUUCAGAGGCGAGAAAGGAUGAAACAGGGGGAGCUGCGAAGGGCGCUUCUAGUUGUUACCCUGCUCUGCAUUUUCCUCUUCGUCUACCUUUAUUGGCAACAGUCCACGGAUGAGUCGCCCCAUCUUGUCUACAAAUACAAACAUGCCUACCCCUCUAAUCGGGCGGCAUCGCAACCCCCCCAGUGGACAUGGGAGUGCAUAAAUCAGCGCUGCGAGCGGCAGCACAUCAAGCCGGACGCGACGGUCGCGUCGGUGUCACUAUCGACGUGCAGCAUGCUGUGCGGUUCGACGCAGCUCUGGCCCCAACCCACCGGACCCAUGACGUUGAGCAGCAAAGCGAUCACCUUCAACCACAAACUUUUGGAGUUCGAGAGCAAGAGUUCAGGUGCAACGGACAAUCUCCUCCAAAGAGCCUUCGCGAUAUUCAACGAUUCAAUAUACGCCCUAGUACAAAACAAAGAUUAUAUUAAUCAAAAGACUGAAAUUAGCAAAUUUAGAGUUACCGUAUUAAUAGUAGAUACAACCGUCACUAAAUUAAAGCUGACCACUGACGAAAGUUACACGAUCGCCCUGAAGCCUCACGGCAAUGACUUACGGGCGGACAUAACGGCUAAGACGUUCUUCGGGGCCAGGCACGGGUUGGAAACUUUGUCCCAGCUGGUGUGGUGGGACGAGUACCACGGGGAGGGCAUACUGAAAGUACUUAAGGGGGCGACCAUACAAGACAAGCCGGCGUUUGCGUACCGAGGACUCAUGGUGGACACGGCAAGAAAUUUCUUGUCCCUGGAGAGUCUGAAGAGGACCAUCGUCGGGAUGGCCAGCAAUAAGCUGAACGUGUUCCACUGGCACGUGUCGGAUAGUCAGAGCUUUCCGUUGAUCAUGCCCCGAGUGCCCGAACUGGCCAAGUACGGGGCCUACAGCCCGGAGAUGGUGUACACCCCGGACGAGGUCAAGGGGCUGGUCGACUUCGCGUUGGUUCGGGGUGUUAGGGUGGUGAUAGAAGUGGACGCUCCGGCCCACGCGGGCAACGGAUGGACCUGGGGCUCCGAACAGGGUUUGGGGGAGUUGGCGGUUUGCGUGAACGAAAGACCCUGGAGCUUGUAUUGCGGUGAGCCGCCCUGCGGCCAGUUGAAUCCCGACAAUCCCAACGUGUACGACGUGCUGGAGAAGAUUUACAAGGACCUCAUCGAGCUGACGGGGGAGACGGAAAUUUUCCAUUUAGGGGGUGACGAAGUUAAUCUGGAGUGUUGGGCUCAACACAUGCAGAAGACCAGUAGUUUUUACAACUACACGGAUUUGCACGACUUGUGGGGUGAUUUUACUUUGAAGGCGUUGGCCAAAUUGGAGUCGGCGAACGGGGGAAAGAAAAUACCGCACGUGGUGUUGUGGUCGAGCAAUUUAAGCAAACGUCCCUACCUCACCAAGUAUCUGAACAAAGAUAACGUGGUGAUACAGAGUUGGGGAGCUAGUCAGUGGCCCGACACGACUGAUCUCAACUCGGACGGUUACAGAGUCAUUAUUUCCCACGUGGACGCCUGGUAUCUGGACUGCGGCUUCGGAAGGUGGCGGGAGACCGGCGAGGCCGCUUGCGACCCUUAUCGGCCGUGGCAAACUGUGUACAACCACAAGCCGUGGCAACAGCUGCACCUGAACAAGAAUCAGGUGAUGGGCGGCGAGGUGUGUUUGUGGAGCGAGCAGCUGGAGGAAGGAUCGUUGGACGCGCGACUCUGGCCGAGAGCGGCGGCGUUCGCGGAACGCGUCUGGAGUGAUCCUCAUCUCGACGUAUCCACCUUCAUCAUACUCGAGGAUGUGUACACGCGGCUCAACACCCACAGGGACAGAUUAGUGAACAAAGGGUUGCAGGCCGAGGCACUCUGGCCCGCUUGGUGCAAACAGAAUCCCGGAAUGUGCCUUUGACUACUGAUUGUAAAUAGACUUUUUAGGAUUUUUAUCGUCCCUUUUGAAUAUGUCUUGCACGGUGAUACUAGAUUAUGUAGGGUAACGUUUAAUCUCACGAUGGCGCCUUAUUUUAUUGAUACCCUGUUGUUGUCCGAUGCGCAUUCGAAAAUUCCAUGUAAAUAUGUAUAUUGCUCGAUAAGUUUUGUUCCACACUCUGACAAUGAGAUUGCGUCAUAACAUCACAAAUAUAUAUAAAAGGCGAAUUUUCUGUAUGCGACUAUAUUUUAUAAAUAAUAUAAAAUAACAUUAUUUUAUUCUUGACUUAUUAUUUAUUCAGCGAAAUGCAAAAAUUAUGGAGUUGUAUUUUUAUUUAUGUAGACUUGAUUAUUAGAAAUAAAACCAGCUUGUAAAAUUGAUGAGUUAGUUCAAAUGUAAGUACACUUAAAGAAAACAUUGCUUAUAAAAGUCAGUUGUUACUGUUGUGGCAUUUACUAAAGUUGAAAUUUAAGUUCGUGCCAAUUGUACAUAUUAUGAUUUAAGGAAUUGUGAUACAUAAAAUUUGUACACAUGUACAUAACUGAAAUCUGGAAAAUAUUCUCCAGGCUAGCUACGUUCCUAUUUUUAGUAUAUUUACACGCUAAAUCAAAAAAUGUACUUUUAACAACUAAUUAAACUUGACGUAAUAUCUUAUUUUUAUUUUCCAGAUUCUUUUUAGGGUAGGACCAAAUAAAUUAGUACAAGUAAUUGAAAUAUACAAUUUAUAUUACAUUACAAAUGCAUACACUGUUAAUGUUACUAUAUUUAUUGAAUAAAAUAUUAAGAAUUAAUGUACUAAUUCUCCAAUCAAAUUUUA